CCAGCAUGCUAGUAAUCAAUCAAAUGUACUUGGUAGUAACAUUAGAAGAGGCAAUCGGGUCACCAAGCAGGUAAGCCCUGCCUUAGCUUAGGCAUUUGGAUGGUUUUCUCUGACGUGUGUCAGAGCAGACAUCUGGCUACAUGCCAAAUAGCAAUGCAGAAAUACCGGGGAGAACGUUUUCACUACAUCCGUGCUCAGACUGUUCCCCUUUUCGCUGCAGGCUCUCUCAGGAGCGCACCUCUCCUUUCUAGGGCUACCCUGGGUAUGGCGGGUGAGGAAGCUACACGCAGGCAGGCUCCAAUGGCUGACUCGGCUCCCGCUGGCUCUGGAGAGGCACAGAAGAAUAAGGCAGGAUGGAUGUCUAUGACCCUCAGAUGCCGAAUGUCGUGCUCUUUGGAGGUCUGAUGGUGGUAUCAGCCAUCGGGAUCUUCCUGGUGUUCACCUUCAUGGAGAAGGUCCUCCGUCCUUCUGAGGAAGCCUUGGCCAAGCAAGGCAAAGGGCUUAAGAAGACUCAGCAGAAGGAAAAAGAGAAAAAGAAGAAAGAGGAAGCUGUUGAGAAAAAAGGAAAAGGAAAGAAAAAUCAAGAGAAACCUAAUGGACAGGUCCCAGAGGCGCACCAAAGUGCUCCAGUGGUCAGCUCUGUCACCAUAAAGAAAAGCAAUGUUCUUCCAGCCCAUGAGGAGCAGAAGCAUAAUGGACCUGUCAAGAAGGUGGCUGCAUCCAAGAAGAAGAGCGAGCCAGCACCUGCGGACUCGGAUGGGCCCCUCCACCUGCCCUACAAGACGCUCGUGUCCACGGUCAGCAGCACGGUGUUCGGCGAGGGGGAGGCCCAGCGGCUCAUCGAGAUCCUGACGGAGAAAGCGGGCAUCGUCCAGGACACCUGGCACGCGGAGCUGGCGGCCGAGCGGGCCAAGGCGACGGCCGUGGAGGGCAAGCUGAAGGAGCAGCUGCUGGCCCGCGAGCAGGAGAUGGCAGCGGUGCAGGCACGCGUGCAGGCCAGCUACCAGGACCAUGUCAGCGAAACGCAGCAGCUGCAGGGCAAGAUCCGCACCCUGCAGGAGCAGCUGGAGAAUGGCCCCGACACGCAGCUGGCUCGCCUGCAGCAGGAGAACUCCAUCCUGAGCGAUGCCUUCUGCCAGAUCAGAAGUCAGAUGGAGAGCAAGCAAAACGCUGAGGUGGCCAGGUUACAGGAGUGGUGCGGCAAGCUGAUGAACGAGCUGUCUGAGAAGUCAGAGGUGCUGCGGCAAGAGGAGCAGCUGAGGAAGAGCUGGAAGAUGAAAGUGGCGGCCUUGGAGAGGCAGAUGGAGCAGCUGCAGGAAAAACUAGGAAAAAAAAAAAAAAGAAAGAACCGGGGCCAGGCAGCAAGCGAACUACAGGAGCGACUGAAGGUUACCCGGGACCAACUGGCCAAAGGGAGACUGAAGAAGUGUAAAGAACAGCUUCAGGAAACGGGGGAAGAGGACAGCGUGAAGGAAGGGACUUCAGUCUGACGAGUCUGUGACCUAGACCUUACCGUCACCUUACCAAAAUGCCUUACACAUUCCUAAAACGAAAACUAAAAAUAUAUGCCUGAUUUACUGUAGAAAAAAGUUGCAAGCCAUUCGUGACCUAAAACCUAGUUUUGAAACUUAAAAAAAACCCCAAACACAAAAACCCAACCAGUAAACACUGCAGGCAUAUGUUUGUAAGAAAAUCUUCAUACUGUUUUGUACAACUACCGUUUGUUCCCAAGGGCACCGCACCGACCACAUCGGGGCAGGCAGAACCCACAAAUCUGUGAAAAGGGAAGACUCUGUUUGUACAUCAAC